GUUAUAUCAAUGUGGCUUACUGCAGGCUCAUAAGGAUUUAAAGAUCUUCGCGGCCCUAUGAACAACAACAAUGACCCUUACUGCUGUGGGUCCAGCCUGGUCUAUCCCAGUGCCUCCCAGCCUCUCCCAGUGCCUCCUAGCUUCUCCCAGUGCCUGCCAGCCUCUCCCAGUGCCUCCCAGCCUCUCCCAGAGACUCCCAAUCUCUCCCAGUGCCCCCAACCUCUCCCAGAGUCUCUCCCAGUGCCUCCCAGCCUCUCCCAGUGCCUCCCAGCCUCUCCCAGUGUCUCCCAGCCUCUCUCAGUGUAUCUUAGCCUCUCCCAAUGCCUAUCAGCCUCUCCCAGUGGCAUCACAGCUUCUCCCAGUGGCAUCACAGCCUCUCCCAGUAUUAUCAUUAUUACUAUAGAUAAAUGGCAUGGAAUAAAAAGAUAAAGUUAAGAAUUAUUAUUGUUAUUACUUUCAUUAUUAUUAUUAUUAUUAUUG